GAAGGUCCACUGAAAACUGAUUCACCAUGGAUGACCCUGCUGGUAUUUGAAGUACCAGUGGCAUAGCGUCCAGCAUCUUCUUGUUGUGGUUAGGUACUGCUGAGUACAUUUGGACUCAUAGCGACUCACGCGUCAGAGUAGAAAUGCCCUAGCAUCAUAGUAACCUACGAACCACCGCAGUACAACAAACUGACAGAUGGGUGGUAGUUACACUCACUACUUAAUGUAAUACCAGUAGAAUUCAGUAGGUGGCAUAAAAGAGCAUUUUUUUCCUCCAACACUAUAAAUGUGGCUACCUCAAGAUAAAUACAUGUUUGAGGAAGUGCUUAAAUUUAUUUCAGACUGCCAAUGAGACGGAGAGGCAAAUUGUCUUGACACUUUGUAAGCAGUCAUGGGGAUACCAGCCCCUCUUCUGUAUUAGAUGAAAUCAGGACUAUGAAGACAUCCUUGGGAAAGGGAUCUAUAUCUGCAUCAAGAUGUUCUGAACAACCACAACUACAGUUAGGAAUGUCUAAUGUUACAAAAUGACUAAAGCUAAUUCUAGCAUCUUCCGUUUUGCCAUCAUCUUUAUGUUAAUACUUGAGAUCAGAAUUCAGUUAUCUGAAGAAAGUGAACUUCUUGUUGACAGGUCAAAAAUGGAUCUUACCCAUGUUCCCAAAGAUCUAUCUCUGAAAACAACAAUCUUAGAUGUGUCACAAAACUCUAUAUCUGAACUUCAGGCUUCUGACAUCUUGUCACUAUCAAAGCUGAGGAUUUUGAUACUUUCUUAUAAUAGAAUCCAGUAUCUUGACAUCAGUGUUUUCAAAUUCAACCAGGAAUUGGAAUACUUGGAUUUGUCCCACAACAACUUGUCGAAGAUUUCUUGCCACCCUACUGUAAACUUGAAGCACUUGGACCUCUCAUUUAAUGGAUUUGAAGUCCUGCCUAUCUGCAAAGAGUUUGGCAACAUGUCUCAACUAGAUUUUCUGGGAUUGAGUGCCACACUAUUGCAAAAAUCUAGUGUGCUGCCAAUUGCUCAUUUGAAUAUCAAUAAGGUUUUGCUGGUCUUAGGAGAACAUUAUGGGCAAAAAGAAGACCCUGAGAGCCUCCAAGACUUAAACACAAAGAGUCUGCACAUUGUUUUCCCCACACGAAAGGAAUUCGAUUUUGUUUUGGAUGUAGCAGCUAGCACUGCAGUCAGUUUGGAACUGUCGAAUAUCAAAUAUGUUCCAGAUGAUAAUGAAUAUUCUUAUUUCAUAAAUGUUCUGUUAAAGCUUCAAAAGAAUCCAAGGUUAUUAAAUCUUACUUUAAACAACAUUGAAACGACCUGGAAUUCUUUCAUUAAGAUCCUCCAGUUGGUUUGGCAUACAACCAUAGAGUAUUUCUCAAUUUCGAAUGUGAAACUAACAGGUGAACUUGACCACGAAUAUUUCAAUUAUUCUGGCACUUCACUGAAGGCCUUGUCCAUACACCAAGUUUUCAGUGAUGCGUUCCGUUUUCAACAGGGUUAUGUUUACAACAUCUUUUCAAAUAUGAAAAUCCAAAAUUUAACAGUAACUGGUACACGCAUGCUGCACAUGCUUUGCCCUCUUCAUAUUAGUCCACUUGUGUAUUUGAAUUUUUCCAAUAAUCUCUUAACAGACGUGGUUUUUAAAAAUUGUACAAGCUUGACUGCACUGAAGACACUUAUUUUACAAAUGAAUCAAUUAAAAGAACUUGCAAAUAUAAUUUAUAUGACCAAGGAUAUGAAGUCUCUACAACAAUUGGAUAUUAGCCAGAAUUCUCUAAGGUAUGAAAAUGAAGGAAAUUGCUUUUGGACUAAAAGUUUAUUAAUUUUAAAUAUGUCUUCAAACAUACUUACAGACUCUGUUUUCAGAUGUUUACCUCCCAGUGUCGCAGUUCUUGAUCUUCACAAUAACAGAAUAGUGAGUAUCCCUAAAGAUGUCACCAGCCUGGAAGCUUUGGAAGAAUUAAAUGUUGCUUUCAAUCAUCUAACUGACCUUCCUGGAUGUGGUACCUUUAGCAGGCUUUCUGUACUGAUUAUUGACUAUAAUUUAGUUUCGCACCCAUCAGCUGAUUUCCUCUAUAGCUGCCAGAAGAUUAGGUCAAUAAAAGCAGGGAACAAUCCAUUCCAAUGUUCAUGUGAAAUAAGAGAAUUUAUCAAAAGUAUAAGCCAAAUAUCAAGUGAAAUGGUAAAGGGCUGGCCUGAGUCUUAUAAGUGUGCCUACCCAGAAAGCUACAAGGGAACCCCAUUACAGGACUUUCACAUAUCUCAAUUAUCUUGCAACACAACGCUGCUGAUCAUCACCAUUGGAGUCACUGUGCUGGUGUUGGUUGUUACUGUGACCUUCCUCUGCAUCUGCUUGGAUCUUCCCUGGUAUCUCAGGAUGAUAUGUCAGUGGACCCAGACCCGGUACAGGGCGAGGAACACACCCUUAGAAGAACUCCAGAGAAAUCUCCAGUUCCAUGCUUUCAUUUCAUACAGUGGGCAUGAUUCUGCCUGGGUGAAGAGUGAAUUACUACCAAACCUAGAAAAAGAAGAUAUACGGAUUUGCCUCCAUGAAAGAAACUUUGUUCCUGGCAAAAGCAUAGUUGAAAAUAUCAUAAACUUCAUUGAAAAAAGUUACAAGACCAUUUUUGUUUUGUCUCCCAACUUUGUCCAGAGUGAGUGGUGCCAUUAUGAACUUUACUUUGCUCACCACAAACUCUUUCAGGAUGCUUCUGAUAACCUAAUCCUCAUCUUGCUGGAACCCAUUCCACAGUACUCCAUUCCUAGCAACUAUCACAAGCUCAAAACUCUCAUGGCACAGAGGACUUUUUUGGAAUGGCCCAAGGAGAAGAACAAACAUGGACUUUUUUGGGCUAACCUAAGAGCCACCAUUAAUAUUAAGUUGAUAGAACAAAAUAAAUAGAUCACACAUCAAUAAAAAAAUAUUCCUCUUUUCAAUGCUGCUGCUUUGGAAGUUCGAACAAGUUUAGUUUAUUUUGCAUUGGUACUAAUCUGAACAUAAUUUUGAAUUUGUGAUGUAGAUAAAAAUGUGUGCUUUCAGGUACAAAUUUACCACUUAUAGGUGGCAAUAAAAUUAAUGAAAUGA